AUGGAUCCUGCAAUGUACUUUUUGCAUACAAAUGGACAGUUGAGCGGUGUAAUAUGUUGCCAUGUUGAUGAUUUUUUACAUGCUGGAAAUGAAUGCCUUGAGAGAAUUAUGAUGAGUUUGCGAAAAAGGUUUGUAGCUGGAAAAGUAGAGGAAGGCAAUUUUGAUUAUAUUGGAUUCAGAGUCAUGCAACAGUCCAGUGAAAUUUUGCUAGACCAAUCCCGGUAUGUAGGAAAUAUAAAUACACUAAGUUUAGAUACUAAGAGGGUGCAACAGAAAGAAGACAUUCUUACAGAUGAAGAACAAUCCACCUACAGACAAAUUAUUGGCCAGAUCAACUGGGCUGUACAAGGAAGUAGACCAGACAUGGCUUUUGAACUCAUUGACCUGAGUACCAAGCUAAAACAAGCAACUGUGGGUGAUUUGUGCAGGGCAGUCAAAACAGUCAACAGAUUGAAAGAUGUGAGAUCUAUGAUUACAUUUCCCAGACUUAGCAAAAAUGUCAGUGACUGGAGGAUUGUGGUAUUCACAGACGCUUCUCUGUGUAACAUCAGCAGCGGGACUGGAAGUACUGCAGCUUUUGUUAUGUGGUUAGCCGACAGUCAGGGAAAAUGUUGCCCACUUGCAUGGCAUACAAACAAGAUCAAACGGGUCGUUCGCUCAACAAUUGCUGCUGAGGCACUAAGUCUACAAGAAGGUCUUGAAUGUGGCUAUUACUAUAGACAGAUGCUAGAGGAUAUUAUGAAGCUUCAAAGUAACACCAUACCAAUAAUUGCUUAUGUUGACAACAAAAGUGUCAUUGAUGCUAUACAUUCCACCAAGUUAGUUGAUGACAAGCGCCUGCGGGUUGACAUAGCAGCCAUCAAUGAAUCUUUGUCCAGGAAUGAAGUAAAGGAUGUACGAUGGUGUCCGGGUAAAUACCACCUUGCAGACUGCAUGACCAAACGAGGAGCUUCUGGUUACAAUCUGCUGGAAGUAUUUCAUGGAGGGCAAUUUUCAGAAGAGUUUAUAUAA